GGGGGCGGGGAGGUUGGGGGUUGUUGGACUGGUGAGUUUUCGAGGUGUUUGAGCGGUGUUCGGUGAGGGGACACCCAGAGAUCCUUGAUCCAGGCUCACUCAGUCGCCUUUCUCCUCCGCCUGUCUCCGCGCCAGACCCGGUGUUAUCCCACACUCGCGUGACACAAAAUGCCCUUCAAUGGUGAGAAGCAAUGUGUGGGUGAAGAUCAGCCAAGCGAUUCAGACUCUUCCCGGUUUUCCGAAAGCAUGGCUUCCCUCAGUGACUCCGAGUGCUCCAGGCAGAGUUUUACGAGCGACUCUUCCAGCAAAUCCAGCUCUCCUGCUUCAACAAGCCCUCCCAGGGUAGUAACAUUUGACGAAGUGAUGGCUGCAGCAAGGAACUUAUCAAACAUGACACUUGCUCAUGAAAUUGCUGUAAAUGAGAACUUUCAAUUGAAACAAGAUGCCCUCCCUGAGAACAGCUUGGCCAGUCGAGUGAAGCACAUUGUCCACCAGGCCUUCUGGGACGUCUUGCAGUCAGAACUGAAUGCCGAGCCUCCGGAGUAUGAACAUGCCAUCAAACUGUUUGAAGAAAUCAGAGAGAUUCUCCUUUCUUUUCUGACUCCUGGCGGCAACCGGCUUCGCAACCAGAUAUGUGAAGUUUUAGACACAGACCUAAUCAGGCAGCAGGCUGAGCACAGUGCUGUUGACAUCCAAGGCCUGGCCAACUAUGUCAUCAGUAUCAUGGGAAAGCUCUGUGCUCCUGUGCGAGAUGACGACAUCAGAGAGCUGAAGGCUACCAACGACAUCGUGGAGGUGCUGAGACAAAUAUUUCAUGUCCUGGACCUCAUGAAAAUGGACAUGGUCAAUUUUACAAUUAGGAGUCUUAGACCACAUCUUCAACGCCAGUUGGUGGAUUAUGAGAGAACCAAGUUCCAAGAAAUUUUAGAAGAAACUCCAAGUGCUCUUGAUCAAACUACAGGAUGGAUAAAAGAAUCUGUAAAUGAACUGCUUUCUCUUUCUGAGACGGCUUUAACUCCUGGGGCUGAAAAUAGCUCUAAGCCAAGCCUGAGCCCUACACUGGUGCUAAAUAACAGUUAUUUAAAACUGUUGCAGUGGGAUUAUCAGAAGAAAGAAUUACCAGAGACACUCAUGACAGAUGGAGCACGUCUUCAGGAACUGACAGAAAAGCUGAAUCAAUUGAAAAUUAUUGCCUGCCUGUCCCUAAUUACCAACAAUAUGGUGGGUGCUCUUACAGAAGGCCUUCCUGAGCUUGCAAACAGGUUAAAAAGGAUUUCAGCUGUUCUACUCGAAGGCAUGAACAAAGAGACCUUUAACUUGAAGGAAGUCCUGAAUUCUAUCGGUGUUCAGACUUGUGUUGAGGUUAACAAGGCCCUGGUGGAGAGAGGUUUAUCCAUUUUAAAUGCUGAGGUCCAAGCUAAUCUUAUAGGUCAAUUUUCAAGCAUUGAAGAGGAGGACAAUCCUAUCUGGUCCUUGAUUGAUAAACGAAUCCAACUAUACAUGAAAAGCCUACUUUGUCUUCCAAGUCCUCAAAAAUGCAUGCCUCCCGUGCCAGGAGGCCUUGCUAUCAUUCAGCAGGAGCUAGAAGUGCUAGGCUCUCAAUAUGCAAACAUUGUGAAUCUCAACAAGCAAGUGUAUGGACCAUUUUAUGCAAAUAUACUUCGAAAGCUGCUCUUCGGUGAGGAAGCCAUGGGAAAGGCUGAUGCUUCAUCUGCUAACUAAAGAGGAACUGACAUUGGAUGCGAGGUUGGAAAUCUAGCACUUUGGUACCCAGUCUGUUUCCACCAGUGGCAUUACAGAUGUGGCACAUCCUCAGUCCUGCUUGUGGUGCAGCGUUAGCCUGAAUUUGUGUAAUCCAGUAAUAUUAGCAUUGCAGAAGACAUGCACAUCAUAGAGACCCUAUUCAUGCAUCAUUUUCAAGUUCAAAAGAGAUGUUUUUAAUGGACAGAAAGCAAUUUAUAAUUAAUUAUAUUACCUAUAUAAUACUUGUAAAUGUUUUAAGCGUUUAUAUGUGGCUUGUUCAUUCAACCUUUAAGGAGUUGUAUUUCCUCACUUGUCACUAUCAAAUCUAAUGAUUUUUAAUUUUGUUACAACUUCUUAAAAGGGUUGCAAGUCAUGAGAAUAACCAAGGGGACUGAUGUUCUGAAUAAAUGAUGUGACAUAAGCAUAAUUGUAUUUGAAAUGUACGAUUAAAUUUUAUUAAUGUGUAACAAAAACUUACAUAGUAAGUUUAUAAAGCCCAGAAAUGUACCAAAUCACAUUUUAUAUUACCAAUUGCCAGUAUUUGUCUAGAAUUUAAAUUUAUUAAAGACAUUUUAAAGCUAUGUACACAUUUUAGGUAAAACCUGUAUUGUUCAUUUAGUGAAAAUAUAUUUUAAAAAAUCCCUUCUAAAAUUUUAUUCUAGAGGUUGGUUUCUGCCUGUAACUUACCCUGCUCUCUGAGAGAAACAAGUUUUGCACAAAUAUAUUAGUGAAUGUCCUUGCAUUUCUCAGGCCAUUGGUAAGGUUUAUAUAAGAUGUUAAUAUUUUUAUGUAAGGCAGGAGUGGUUUGAAUUGGUUUAUUUAGAAUAAGAAGGGAAGUUAACAGUAAACGAGAUCGCCAGGAGAUCCCCCGUUGUCAGUGAAGUUCACAUGCGAAAAUGAAAUAGUUGAAGUUUGGAUUUUUUUAACCAUAUAACUUGUUAGCAAAUGCCUCCUGUGCUGAUUAGAUUCUUACCCCGCUAUGACCAAGAUGCUCUUCUAAGCAUCACUAUCAUUUGACAUUCUUGAGCAUUAAGUCAAAAGUUUGCCAAGCUGUCACUGGUUGUCAUUGGGGUUUUGGAGAAAUCUGCUUGUCCGAGAAUUACAUACUUCUUCUAAAAUGUUAAGGGAAGCACUACAGUCUGGGCAGACUCCAUCUAGAAAGUACUUUAUUCCCAUAAAACACCUUUGGAUUAUUUUGUUUUCUAAGGACCCACUGAAUCUUAGUAGUCUGGUAGGGAAGAGUGGGUAGGAGGUCAAAAGGAGGGAGUACUCUUUUUUACCUUACCUCCUUUUCCUCACUCUGACCUCCACCAUUAUGGUGUUACUUAAUCAUUUGGUAAAGUUCUAGGACAUGAUUGUGUGAAUAAAUUAUCUCCAAUCUUUACAUGUUGGAGGGAUCUGCCAAAACUUGAGGAAAUUUUGAAAGUCUUUUUUUUUUUUCUCACAAUGACCAAUAUAUACAUCUGCCAUUCUACCCAUCUAAGCAGCUGUUAUGAGUAGAAUUUUCCUGAAGAGCACAUCACUGGUCUUACCCAUUUCCCCCUGUCGUCUUCCUGUAUUUCCCUUCUGCCCAUGUUUUCCUGUGCUUAGAAACCAUAAGGUGCUGAAAACAAAUUUUUUUUUUCAUUUUCUCUUAAGUCAAGGUAGUUUUCAAUUGUGUUCACUUUGGAGCGUGGGUGGCAGAGGGUUCUGACGUGGAAAAGUAAUGUGUAGUGUGACUUUUUGUUGCUUUCCGAGGUAAACCACGUACUUAACAGGAAGACUGAGUGGUGUACUUUUUUAUUAUCAGAAUGGAACCCAGCUGGUAUUCUUGUAUACUUGACUAUACUGCAAUUGCCAGCGGGAAAACAAUGUGCAGACAUUUUUAAAAAUGCAUUUAAAAUGAAGGGCAUUCUGCUGCUUUUUCUUUUUCUUUCUUUCUUUUUUUAAGUCCCAAGGUAAAUCUCAAUGUCUCAAGUCUGGAUUUAGGCAACUACAUUUAUUAGGAUUUUUAAAAGCAUAUCCCUUAGCAUGUUGUGUUCUUUUUUUGUGUUUUACUUAAAUGUUUACUUCUGAGGUUUUCUUAACAUGGUCUUGUUUUGUAAUGUCAAUUUUAUUAAAACACCAUAUACACAUUUUCAUUCUUCUGCUAAAACAUGUAUUGUGUGCACUAGUUAAAUUUUAAAACAUUAAAAAUUAUUUGAAGAUA